AUGGGGAGCACCAUGGAUUCCCCAGGGGGUCCAUACCUGAACCUGGGAGCUGUCACGUCCCCUGUAGGCACCACCCGCCUGCUACAGCUGGCAUUUGGCUGUACCACCUUCAGCCUCGUGGCACACCGGGGUGGCUUCGACGCUGCCUACGGCACCUUCUGCAUGUCCGCCUGGUGUUUCUGCUUUGCCCUCACUGGUCUGGUGGUGGCCUUCGAGUUCACCCGACUCCACGGCUGCCUCCGUCUCUCCUGGGGCAACUUCACCGCAGCCUUCGCCAUGCUGGCCACCCUCCUGUCAGCCACGGCCGCCAUUGUCUACCCUCUCUAUUUUACCAGGUUUGAGUGCCCCCCAGAGCCAGAAGGCUGCACUGCCCGUGACUUCCGCCUGGCCGCCAGUGUCUUUGCGGCUUUACUCUUUGUAACCUAUGCUACUGAAGUGGUCCUGACUCGGGCAAGGCCAGGCCAGGUCACCAGCUACAUGGCAACGGUGUCAGGCCUGCUGAAAAUCGUCCAGGCCUUUGUGGCCUGCAUCAUCUUUGGGGCCCUGGUUCACGACAGCCGCUAUGGGCGCUUUGUGGCCACUCAGUGGUGUGUGGCUGUGUACAGCAUAUGCUUCAUAUGCACCGUGGUGGUGGUAGGCAUGAGUGUGACCGGCCGGGCUGGAACUCUGGGCUUUCCCUUUGACCGGAUCGUAGUUGUGUACACAUUUCUAGCGGUGCUGCUUUACCUAAGUGCAGCUGUGGUCUGGCCUGUCUUCUGCUUUGACCCCAAGUACGGGACUCCCUCAAGGCCCUCAGGUUGUCCUCAAGGAAGUUGUCCUUGGGAUAGCCAGCUGGUGGUGGCCAUCUUCACUUAUGUCAACUUUCUCUUCUAUGUUGCUGACCUGGCCUACUCCCAGAGGAUCCGCUUUGUGCCCAGUCUGUAG